CCCUUUCCUUCUUCUUCCCGACAUUCCCCUUGGCUUCUCAUAUCCGCUCGUCCCCCCCUUGUGUUUGUAGUCUUUGCCUUUCUGUUCGCACAAGCAAACACGUAUCGCCAUGUCCCGUGACAUGGCCGCGAGGCUCACACGACUAACGGAUUUGGUAGGAUCUGAUCUUGACGCUAUUCCAAAUCAACGCUUCCAAGUGGAUGUUCCUGAUCCAAGCGACGACGAAAAGGAAGGAGGCAUAGCUCUCGGUUGCGAAAACGCUACUGAGGAAUUCACCGAUUCCAUCGACGACCAGCCUACUGUUUCAGCAGCCACUGGUUCCAUCGACAACCAGUCGGGUGAUUCAAGCGCGUUUGCAUCGACAGAGAAUACCGACCGCCGUUUUGUCUGGAUGCCCGGCGAAGCAAGCUCGUACAAUCUGGGCACUGCUCCCGCCACUCCUUCAUCGCCUUAUAAAGCACUUCCCCCCACAGACUUGCAACGAGGCGAGCUCGCACCACCCGGUAAAUACUUCACCCCACUAUUGGCUCUUGCAAAGUACCCGUAUCGGUACUGUGACCGAGAUUCACUCCAGAACGUGGCCAGUCAAUUCUUCGACGGCGGAAAGUUCUGGGCUCGUGAAUGGGAUAUUUACUACACCUGGGACAUUGACGGCACGAAGCCUUUGACACUGGUGACAGAAGACCAAUUCAAGGACUUGGUUGCGGAAGUCAACACAGCCUUCGGCCUCGGUCUCAAGACUAUAUCUCACAUCGUCACUCGCUUUCCCGACCAUCCCCGUUGCCGUCCAAGGUAUCUUGGCAGAGUCAAGGGCCUGACCCGCGAGGAGAUUGACACGAUGGCGAGAAAUGCUCCUCCCGCAUCUUCGGCCACCCCUGGGCAAUCCGCUGCCCCAUCCCUCGAUGGCCGCACGUUGGAUGACUUCAAGAAGACCAUGGAGGAUAUGUGGGAUGCCCAGAAGAACAAGAACAAAGCUGCGCGAGAGAAGAAGAACGAGCAGCGUGCUGCAAAACAGCAUGACCUCGUCCAACGCUUCAAGCGUGCGCAGAGGUAUCUUGGACUUCGGCCUUCCGAUUCUACAGAUCUGGCUCCAGUCGACGUUAGCACACCAACCACACUUCCUUUCGACCAGUCUGUCGUCUUCGUAUGUAUUGACGUCGAGUCCUGGGAAAGGGCGCACGAUAAGAUUACGGAAGUUGGCAUUGCUACAUUAGAUACGUUGGACCUCGUUGGCGUUGCGCCUGGUAAGGAUGGGGAGAAUUGGAGGACCCUGAUCCGUGCACGCCACAUUCGCAUCGAUGAGAACAAACACCUGAUUAACUCGAACUUUGUCGCCGGAUGCCCAGACCGCUUCGAUUUCGGGAAGUCUGAGUUUGUCCGUCUUCAUGAUGUCGCUACGCAAGUGGCCGCUUGCUUCAGGCAUCCCUUUUCCGGGCCUGCUGCGCAUAAUCCUGAGGAUGCAUCCAAAGAGCGCAACAUCAUAUUCCUCGGACACGAUACAUUUAGCGAUGUGAAAUACUUGCAACAACUUGGUUUCGACCCGCUCAAGGUACCCAACAUGCUUGAGACUCUCGAUACCGCCACCCUCUACCGAGUCUGGAGGCGUGAACAAAACCCGACGAAUCUAGGCCGAAUUCUUUACGAUUUCGACAUUGCCGGGUUCAAUCUACACAAUGCGGGUAACGAUGCCGUCUUCACCGUCCAGGCGAUGCUUGCUGUCUGUGUCCGAGAGGCUUCGAUCCGUGGCACGGAACUGCAAGCAAAGCGAGAAGAGGACAAAGCAGCUCGUCUUGAUGCUCUCACCGAAGAGGCGCGCCUUCGAUUCAAAGAGGAACACGAUGGCUGGAGUGAGACGGAGGAUAAUGGCGGCCCCCCGGCACCCAUUGUACUCGUCGAGCGACCUAAAGUUGACGGAAAUGCUGGUUAUGACCAAACAAAUCGUACCGAUGGUCGCGGCCGCGGUCGUGGUCGCGGUCGUGGUGAAGCCCGAGGUGGAAAUCAAAGCCCCAGCUUUAGAGGAGCUCGUGGGGGGAAUGCGUUUCCAUCGCGAGGGUUUCCAACUUUUGAUAACCUACAUAGAGCUUCACGAGGCAGCACGGAUCAGCGUGCUCGUCGCGAUCACCCAGCUUCUCGUGGGUAUCAUUCUCCACGUGGUAAUGAAACAGAUCGUGCUUCCCCACGCGCUCGCGGUGGAGGCAGGGGCAGGGGCCGAGGCAGAGGCUCCUCCGAUAAUCAAGGCUGGGAGGAUGGCGUAUCUUCCGAGAAUCAAGGCUGGCAUAACAACAUUUCCUCUGAGAAUCAGGGCUGGCCGAACAACAGCUCCUCUGAGAAUAACGGUUGGGAGAGGUUCGGCUGGGGUGAACCCGCUUAAGGUCCUGAAUAAGGUUCAAAAUCGAAACCCCUCAUGGAAUUUUGAUUGUUCUAGGAGGUUCAUUCAAGAUUGUGGGCUCAGCUGCAUUUGACAUGGUUUCUAUGGAGUGAAGGAAAACGGGGCGAUGGGACAACCCUGGUGGCCCACUUUUCUUUCCUGACUGCUCGGGCAGACAUUUUGUCUGUCUGGACAUUGUACGAUAACUACACUGGGGGAGUUACAAGUAUUCGGAAGGCUGCAAGUAAGCAUGCCGAGCGCUGAAUGGGCAUCAGUUGCAACCCGGCUAGCAUGCCAAUGGACUCUCAUGACUGUUUUAUCCAGCAACUUGCUAGUUGCUAGCAUGAGGCUGUAGAGCAGGC